CCACAGUGCGCCUCUUAUGCACUCCAGCACCCCCAUCAGCUCCCUCUUCUCCUUCACCAGCCCCGCAGUGAAGAGACUGCUCGGCUGGAAGCAAGGAGAUGAAGAGGAAAAGUGGGCGGAGAAGGCGGUGGACUCUUUAGUGAAGAAGUUAAAGAAAAAGAAAGGAGCCAUGGACGAGCUGGAGAGGGCCCUCAGCUGCCCAGGGCAGCCCAGCAAGUGCGUGACGAUUCCCCGCUCCCUGGACGGGCGGCUGCAGGUCUCCCACCGCAAGGGUCUGCCCCACGUCAUUUACUGCCGAGUGUGGCGUUGGCCCGAUCUCCAGUCUCACCAUGAGUUGAAGCCCCUGGAGUGCUGUGAGUUCCCGUUUGGCUCCAAGCAGAAAGAGGUGUGCAUUAACCCCUACCACUAUCGCCGGGUGGAGACGCCAGUGCUGCCUCCCGUGCUGGUGCCCAGACACAGCGAGUACAACCCGCAGCUCAGCCUCCUGGCCAAGUUCCGCAGCGCAUCCCUGCACAGCGAGCCGCUCAUGCCGCACAACGCCACCUACCCCGACUCCUUCCAGCAGCCUCCGUGCCCCGCCUUCCCGCCGUCGCCGGGACCCCCGUUCCCGCCAUCCCCUUGCACUGGCGGCUACCCUCCCUCCCCGGAAAGUCCUUCGGAGCCGGAGAGCCCCUUCCAGCACUCAGAUUUCCGGCCUGUUUGCUACGAGGAGCCACAGCACUGGUGCUCCGUCGCCUACUAUGAACUGAACAACCGUGUUGGGGAGACGUUCCAGGCUUCCUCCCGCAGUGUGCUCAUCGACGGGUUCACAGACCCCUCAAAUAACAGGAACAGGUUCUGUCUCGGACUCCUUUCUAAUGUGAACCGAAACUCAACGAUAGAAAAUACCAGAAGACACAUAGGAAAGGGCGUGCACCUCUACUACGUCGGGGGAGAGGUCUACGCAGAGUGUGUGAGUGACAGCAGCAUCUUUGUGCAGAGCCGGAACUGCAACUACCAGCACGGCUUCCACCCGGCCACCGUCUGCAAGAUCCCCAGCGGCUGUAGCCUCAAGAUCUUCAACAACCAGCUGUUUGCCCAGCUGCUCGCUCAGUCCGUCCACCAUGGCUUUGAAGUCGUGUAUGAGCUGACUAAGAUGUGCACCAUCCGGAUGAGUUUUGUCAAGGGUUGGGGAGCUGAAUAUCACCGCCAGGAUGUCACAAGCACCCCCUGCUGGAUUGAGAUUCACCUUCAUGGACCACUGCAGUGGUUGGACAAAGUUCUGACUCAGAUGGGCUCCCCACACAACCCGAUUUCUUCAGUGUCUUAACAGUCGUGUCUUAAUCCACAUUUCUGUAGAUUAGAUGCUGUUGCAGGCAGUGGCUUGUGUCAUUUCAGA